AUGGACGAAUUCAUCACUAAUAUCAACCAGUUGAACCUGAGUCAAACUCAUCUUGACCUUCAAGAUGAGCUAGAUAUCAUCCACCAAGAACCAGCUCAUGCAACUGAAGACCUGUUUCCCAUUCAUCCUGGAAUUAGUCGAGUUUCCGAUACAAACAUACGAUCGUCCUCUAUAUCUAGCAAUUCGCCAACAUCCACAUCCAGCUCCUCUGCAUCUACUUCUACCAGCAACUCAUCCAACCCCACCGAAGUUUCCCCAUCACCACCCACAUUCCCCCCAAACAUCCUGAACACCCUACUAAACAGGCUUCUAACAGAACCCAGAUACCUCACUCACCCCAACUUGUGCCACAUCCGGCAAAUCACCCGAACAACAGACGCAGCCGCCGCCUUCGUAGGAAACUUCCUCUACAACAACCGACGCUUCCACCGCGAACUAGAAACCGCCUUCCUGGGCCCAUACCGCGAUGCCCAGCGCGGCCGCCGCGUCCCGCUAAACAUGCUCGUUCCAAUCCUCGGCUGGCCAGACGAAGAACCAGACGUAAUCACCGGCGCCAUCCUGGACGAUUGUCCCGGGUGCUUCGAAUGGAUCCGAAGACGACUCCCCCGCAUGGACUGUUACGGCUGCAAUCUGUUUGGGUGGACAUACGUCGCUAUCGCGGUAUACGCGCGCUCGAUCGGCAUCCUAGAGUAUCUUUUCGCGUGGGACAAGCCCGUCGGCGCAAUGGAUGCGGUCCUGCGUAUGCGGGCGAAUGCGUUCCAGAUGUCUGAUGGCCCGACGCCUGUGGCGCUUGCUGUUAGGGAAGGGGAUGUGGGGUUCUUAGAGUUUCUGUUGGAUUUGUGGGAGCCUUGUGUUGCGAGGAGUAUUGGGCGGGAGAGGACCGGGGGGCAUCGGGAGGGUCCGAGAAGGCGGAAUUGUCUUUCGGGGAUCGAGGGGUAUUUUCUUUGUACCUUUGUUACGGGGGAGUUGGCGUGGAGACUUGCGGGUGUUGGCUUGCCUAUUUAUGAUACGGUGCUUUCAGGUUUGGAUGUGGGACGGUCUCGGUCUGGUUUUACUAGGCUUGCGACGGCGUGGCAUGCUGCUGUUUUUAAUGGACCGGGCUUUUUGGAGUAUUUGGAGGCGCACUCGAGUGUUUCGAAGCUUGAUCUGGAUGCUAAUGGUGAAUCUCCGCUUCAUUAUGCAAAGCGAGCUAAUAGAGAUGAUUCUGUCAUUUGGUUGAGGCAACACGGUGGUGUACCUGGAAGAUCCUACUAG